UCACCUUCGACUGAGUCUCUGUUUCUCUCAGCUUUGCACGUCAUGGACGAUCUGUUAUUGCAGAAAAUAGCAAUUCCAGUGCCCACACUGGCCUCCAUGAUCCAACGCCUCACGUGGACGGCCUCCUCUUCGGCCGCGUCACUUACUUCGCCCCCUCCUCACUUCCCGACGAUUCUGCCCCAACUCCCCCCGAUACGCAACUCUUUGCCACUAUCUCCAGCUUCCUCUCCUUCCCUACCCUUCCUUCUAUCCUUCUACGACGUACUCGGCCGGUUCGACUCCUCCCGACUCAUCUUAACCACAAACCCCUCAUCGGCUGGUUCUCCUCUCUCCGGACAACCCCCUCUGCCUCUCCAUGCGCGAAUCCUCCGUCGCUCAUGCUCUCUUUUCUAUCCCCAAUCUCUCUCUCCCAAUCCUAAACGCUAACUUCAAUUCCCUUUUCGGUCCUUCAAUUUUCCUCCCCUUCACAACUCCUGUACAAGACCAAUUCAUCCAAACCAACCAGCAUCGGGCCUUCCAGUUCCAAUCAUCGAACCUCUGUUUUAAUCCGCUAUCAGUCAACAUUGGGCCUGCAUUCAGAGGGCAUUACGGGUCGUUUAGCCGGAGCUCUGCGCUCCCCUUUUUGAACUGUGAGUUAAGGAGCUCAACGGCGAUGAAUGAAGAUAGAAAUGAGGAGAAUUUAAUUGGAUUGAAACAAACAGCAAAGGAUCAAUCGGAUUUGGAUAUGUGCGCCAAGGGAAUGCAAAUUGGGAGAUUGAGCCGGUUGAUUGGACAGGAAGCCGUUAAUUACACGGCUGGAUUAAAGGAAAUCGAAAGCUUGGCCAGGCUCGUUGAAGCCAGCUCAGCUAAGGUUCUUGAACAGUUUCGCUCUGUAGUCAGGUAUGACUCAUUAAGAAAUUUGGAGAAAGUUCGUCGCUGAUAUCAUGGUGUGUAAAAUCACUCUCUUUUUUAUGCUAAAGUGGAUUGUAUAAUUAAUUGUGCAUUUGAUAGACUUUGGAACCUAUUGAUUCUUCUUCAGUUGGUAGGCUAGAUUUCAUUGGAAAAUAAUCCAAAUGAAAAAAUAACUGAAACAGUUUGACUCACAAUAUUUGAUUUCCUCUUCUGUUUGGCUUAUUGGUUUUCCAGCUGACUCUUUGAAGACAGAAAUUCCUGAUGUUGGAGCUGAUAAUGAAAGAUGAUUGACUUCGAUGCUUCAUAAGGUUGGGUUUCAUUCUUGACGAUUGAGCAUGAGUUGAUUGAUUUAUUCUACCGUUUCUGCCAAUACCUCAUGAAUUGGAAAAUUACUCGGGUGGCCUUUCAACCACAGGAGGGUUAUAAAGCUAGGCUAUGGAUUUGUAUACUACCUAUGAUGUUGAGCCUUGUACAUUGAUCUCUUUCUUCUGCAUUUGCUAUUUUAAGUUUAAUUCUGUAAUUUGGGACAAAAAUAUGGUUUUUGAAUUUUGAUGGAGAAAUGAAAUUCAUUUAGGAGGCUGCAUAUAUUCUGAUCAUAUCUUGGUACGCAUUCUUUUCAAAAAUUUAUGUAGCUCAUGAUCCCACUUGACAUAUGUAAUCUAACUAUUCAAUUGAACCUAUGUUUUAAAAACCAUUUUUAAUUACUUUUUCAAUUAAUUUGGCUCUCGCCAUAGAAUUUUCUACUAUGAGGAUGUUGAUGUAGUUUUUGUGCUACAAAUAAGGUUAGAUUGACGAUUAAAACUAUUUGUUUUUCGUGGACAAGGACUUGUUAAAAAAAAAUGGAAAAUGAAGGGGAAUGAUACAAAAAAUGGAAAAUUGCGGUCAAAUGAAGUGAAGUGAGAUGGAGUGAUACCUCUCUGUUGAAGUGGAUUCCUGUGAAAUGUAAAGUUUCAGUACAGAUGUAGAAGGCGUCGUUAUCUUUGCCAAGAGUUUCAUCUUUGUCCGUCUGUCUGUCUGUCUGUCUGUCUAGGGAUCAGGAAACAAGAUCACGAAACCAUGUGCGGUUCAAGAACAAGGAAGAGGUUUCCACCUACUAACUCCCACCGGACAAGUUUAAAGAAACAUUACUACAAACUACCACUUUCUUCUCGAGAAGUAGUAUAUAAAAAUAUUAAUAAUAUAUUAUUAUUUUUACAAAAGUAGCCGCAAUUUUGUACUUCGAAAAGUAGUUGUUAAAACAGCCCCUUAAAUGGAACUUUCAGGAAAGGAAAAGAUGAGCAUCUGGACUUGGUCAAAUCUCUUAAAACAAAAGACAAGUCUUCCACGCCAAGAAAACAAUGGGAACUCAACUACGUU